UCUUCGUUUCAAAAUUAUUUCCUGCCUGGACCUGGUAGAUCUACAAGCUACGUGUACGUGUGUAUUAUUGAAAGAGAGCUCAAGAAGUAGAGUUUCUUCCACCAUAGGAGUGUAUAGAAGCUCAGUUUAUUCUACAGUUCGAAUAGCAUCCUUGGUUGUUUGUUCCUCAGUAUGAUUAUGCAGUAGAUUAGCUGGCUGUACUUCGAAAUAAUUAUAGCUUUCAAGCUCUUACCUUUUCUUUGCAAUGGAGAGAGGCACAAGCAGUGAUGACGAGGCGCCAGAGGCUAUCUCAUUCAGCGACGCUCGUGCAAAGUCAACAGAGGAGUUGAAACAACGAACUAGAGCUCGGACAAGAGCAAGCAAGGCGGCAGCAGAAGCUGCGGCAGCUGAAGCACAGAAGAAGAUAGUGUUGGAUACGGGAACACAAGAUAACGACGAUGAUGAAGAAGCAGGCAACUCGGGCGACUGCGGAGAAGGGGAAGAGGAAGAAGAAAGUGAUGGUAGCUAUGAUGGAGAGGAUAGUGAUGAGGAAGAGGAAGUGGAUGGCGUAGCUAAAGGCAGUGCCAAGGAAGAACCCAGUGAUUCUGACAGUAAUAUGGUCAGCGAUCUUGAAUCUGAUGAUGAGGAUGAUGAAGAUGAGGAGAACGGUGAUGCGGCAAGAGAAUCAGGCAAUCCUAGAAAUGGCAAUCUGUAUUUUGUGGACAAGAAGAAGAAGAAAAUGGCAGGGAAACCCUUGAAGAAACGCAAACUCAUUGCUGUCUCCACGCAAACAGCUGUCACUGAACCAUAUGACUUGCAACGGCAAGCAUUGGAGUUUCGGCGCCAGCACAUGUUUGGAGGCCGUAUUCGGCGAAGUAGAGAGUCUUCCCAGCGAGCUCGCAAGGCACGUCGCCCAGCGCCAGUUUUCCGAAAGGGUGAUACUAGCAAGAGGUGAUAUCACAAUGCAGGUUGACAAGCUACAUUUCACCAGCUACAGCUAAUCCGACCAGUUGCAGAUGAGCUUGAUGAAGGUGGUGUCCACUUCGGACGAGGUUAGAGCUUUAAAACAACUAGGUGACGAUGAGGCCUUCAUGUCAGCAGCCCGGAGAUGAGUUAGACAAGCGUCUGGCCUGUUUUGGCAUGCGUCCGUUGUAUUCUCGUGAUGGCUGUGCCCGUGGCUUGGUCGUGAUACGGCAAAGGUGGGCACUGACUGUAUGCUGCACAGCUAAUGUUUGAACAUCACUGCAGACUGGUCCAGUCCACUGCUGCUGAUGUAUACAGGGUGUGUGGUGCGGCCAUACUGGUUGCAGCUCCGUGCCAGCACAUACGGUACCAUGCAAUGGUCAACAGUUGUAUGCGCACUGUGCUCUGCCCUAUGCCUUGUAGUGCAGUGCAGGGACAAAUCGUCAUACCACUUUGUGCCUGAAUACCGCCAUUCACUCUGUGUGUGUGUGUGUGUGUGUGUGUGUGUGCGCGCGCGUGUGUGUGCGCGCGCGUGUGUGUGUGCGCGGUGAAGGCCAGAGCCCAAUGGUUAUAUGAACUAGACAGUUGACACUUGAUUGACUUUUGUCAGACCUUUGAGGCUAAGUUUUCUAUCCUCCCGAAUAGUAUCCCCGCUGAACCUUUCUUUCCUUUUUGCCUGUUUUACAAUCUAACACGUCUACCUGUGGGCAGUGGAUCAAGCUAUUUCGAGUCAUACUUAUUCUGGUGCACAGUACGCUAGUCCUGUUGAGGACAUCUAGGACAGGCUGUGAUGCACACCAGUGUUUCUAUUCAAGCGGGUUUUCCACACCCUUGAGCUAACAGUACGCUCUCUACUUCUA